GUCCUGUGCUGUGCUUUAACUAGGUAUUUGUGAGCACAUACCGGGCCUGAGCUGUAUCAGAGGCGCUCACUAGUUAACCUGCCGGCUGUGGCUGAUCUACAACUCCCAGCAUCCUCCACAGACCUGAAUCUGUCCACUUUUCCCUUACCUUGUUUGAUUGAGGCCCCUAACCUGGUGGCAGCCAUGUACCGCUACAAGAUAACCCUUAAAGAUCGGCAGCAGCUGUACAAACUGAUCAUCAGCCAGAUGCUCUACGAUGGCUACAUCAACCUUGCCAACGGCCUCAUCAAUGAACUCAAGAUCCAUUCUGUGUGCGCCCCGUCUGAGCAGCUGCUCCAUCUCAUUAAAGUGGGUAUGGAGAAUGAUGACAGCGCGGUGCAGUACGCCAUUGGACGCUCUGAUACGGUAGCCCCAGGCACAGGAAUCGAUUUGGAAUUUGACGCAGACGUACAAACCAUGUCUCCUGAAGCCUCCGAGUACGAGACCUGCUACGUGACAUCCCAUAAAGGUCCUUGCCGGGUGGCCACGUACAGCAGAGAUGGGCAGCUCAUCGCCACUGGCUCAGCAGAUGCUUCUAUCAAGAUCCUCGAUACAGAGAGAAUGCUGGCAAAAAGUGCAAUGCCGAUUGAGGUAAUGAUGAACGAGACUGCACAGCAGAAUAUGGAGAACCAUCCAGUCAUUCGCACUCUCUAUGAUCACGUCGAUGAGGUCACCUGUCUGGCGUUCCACCCUACUGAACAGAUCCUGGCGUCCGGCUCCAAAGAUUACACCCUCAAACUCUUUGACUAUUCCAAACCCUCUGCCAAAAGAGCAUUUAAACACAUUCAGGAAGCGGAAAUGCUGCGCUCUAUCUCGUUCCACCCGUCUGGAGACUUCAUUAUAGUCGGUACCCAGCACCCCACGCUGCGCCUCUACGAUAUCAACACCUUCCAAUGCUUCGUGUCCUGCAACCCCCAGGAUCAGCACACGGACGCCAUCUGCUCGGUCAGCUAUAACCCAACUGCCAACACGUAUGUCACCUGCAGCAAGGACGGCAGCAUCAAGCUGUGGGACGGAGUCUCCAACCGAUGCGUUACCACGUAUGAGAAGGCCCAUGAUGGUGCCGAAGUGUGUUCUGCCAUAUUCUCUAAGAAUUCCAAGUAUAUCCUGUCCAGCGGUAAAGACUCGGUGGCUAGAUUAUGGGAGAUCUCAACGGGCCGAAUGUUGGUAAAAUACACAGGAGCCGGACUCAGCGGGAGACAAGUACACAGAACACAAGCCGUAUUCAACCACACAGAAGACUAUGUCCUGCUUCCAGACGAACGGACCAUAAGCCUGUGCUGCUGGGAUUCCAGGACAGCAGAACGGCGGAAUCUUCUCUCCUUGGGACACAACAACAUAGUGCGCUGCAUUGUUCAUUCUCCAACUAAUCCCGGCUUUAUGACCUGCAGCGACGAUUUUCGGGCCCGGUUUUGGUACCGCAGGUCAACUACAGACUGAUUGCCAACCCCCUGCAGUUUCCUUAAGCUGGCCGCACAUUUAAAGAUCCAAGGUCACCAAACAAGGGGAUCGUUCCCCAAUAUGCACACCUUGAGGUGAAGCGAUAUUGGUCUGAUCCAGUUGGAUCACAAUGACAGUAUACAGAUUUUUCAACCAGUCCGAUAUCUAGAUGAUUUAAGGUCAGGAUUUGGGGCCCCCAUACACGGACCAAUAAGCUGCCAGCUUUUAUCGUUCUGUGUGGCACCUUUAUACAGACACUGCCCAGAGCAGAGACUGAAAGUUUUAUGGGAUGAAUUGAAUUCAAAUCUGUAGAUAAUAAAACAUUAGAAAAAA